AUGCAGUUGCCAGAGAGUGUUCAACAGAGGAGGUCUCCUCGUGUGUACGUUUCGAAUGAUUGCGAGGAGGUAGUGGGGGCUGCGUAUCUGCACCAGUUUAACACAGACUUCACAGCAUUUCUAAAUACCCGAGCAAGAGAGAUGGUUGAUGGGGGAUCCAUGUUUAUAUCUCUGGUGGGUCGUAAUGCAGGCACCCAACUAAUGGAGGAGCAAGGAAUAUUAGGAAAUAUUGCGCGCCACUUAGAAUAUGCAUUUGAGGAACUAGUCAAUGAGGACAUUGUUGAAAGGGAGAAAUGGAAAUCAUUUUAUAUACCUUGGUUUGGUCCAAGUUUAGAAGAGGUGGAGAGCAUUGUGAAGAGAGAGGGAUCGUUCGAAAUUGGAAAUAUGAGGGUCUUAGGAGGAGUUCCAAUGCAUCCAAUGACACAUUGGAAACAAGGGGAAGAACAAAUGUUUGGAAUAUUUGUAGCAAACCAGUAUAGAGCACUAUUUGAGAAUAUUAUAGAAGUUCAUUUGGGAAGUGAAAGUUUGACUGAUGAAUUCUUCUUAGGAAUAGCUAAAAGAGCUUCUACUCAAUUUGAAGAGUAUAUCCCCAAAGAAAUAGAGUUGGUUGUUGCUCUUCUCAUUAAAAAUGGAGCGCACAAUAACUCCCAUUAA